CUGCCAUUUUUACCCAGAAUGCCGUAGCCAGCCUCGGGCCUCCCCAGCACGCUUUUCUCAUCACAGAUGCACUGUGUGCAUGGAAAAGUGCCGAGCUCUACUGUCGCUGGGUUAUUUUUAGCCUCCUACAACCACAGGAUGUUCAUGUAAUCUGUGCCAUGGGCCUGAGAUGCUGCAGAACUUGCUGUCCAGUCUGUCUUUCUCAUCCCCCCAUCUCUGCCUGACAUGGUAUGGGCUGUGUGUGCAGAGCCUCCUGCAAUCGUGCUGGGCUUGUUGAGUCUGUACUGAUGCUGAACAGUGAUUACUCCUCUGUGUGAUCGAUGCCUGUUUGGAUUUGACAUAAAUGUCAAGCUGAGAGUAAUGGAGAGGAUCACCAUGUAGACAGGAGCCGAGUGGACACGGGAUGAAAUGGGAAACGUUGUGUGGAGCAACGCCGCUCUGCAGCCGCGCUGAUCCUUAGGAACUCAGCCUGCUUUUUCCUCUCCUCUGUCACGCACAGUGGACUGUAUUUUUGUUUCUCCCACAUUUUUUUAAGAAAUUAUUUAUUUUAUACAUCCGUCUCAGACACUCUUCUUCUUUUUUUUGGUUGCAUUGUCUUUUUUUUUUUUUCGAGUGUGUUCAGAUAAUCUUCAUCCUCCAGGAGGCUCGUGCGCCACGGUGCCAGUCUCUCGGUUUCCUGCAAACCCGUUUUAACUCCACUUCAGAUCAGUCUGCAAUACUCCAUCACCAUGGGGGACAUGAGGAACAGCGAUUUUUACUCCAAGAACCAAAGAAAUGAGGUGGACGGCUUCAACUGCUCGCUUAUGGAGCUGCGCUCGCUCAUGGAGCUCCGAGGCACUGAGGCAGUUGUCAAAAUUCAGGAGGAUUAUGGAGACAUCACGGGACUGUGCCAGCGGCUGAAAACCUCACAGACAGAGGGUUUGACAGGAGAUCCAACUGACCUAGAAAAGAGGAGAGAAGUCUUCGGUCGAAACAUUAUACCUCCAAAGAAGGCAAAAACUUUCUUACAGUUAGUAUGGGAAGCCCUACAAGAUGUGACCCUCAUCAUCCUCGAAAUCGCAGCCAUGAUCAGCUUGGGGCUCUCUUUUUAUAAGCCGCCUGGAGGGGGCAGCGAAUCAUGUGGCACUGCAAGUGCUGGAGCAGAAGACGAAGGAGAGGCCGAGGCUGGGUGGAUUGAAGGAGCUGCAAUCUUGCUUUCGGUGGUGUGUGUGGUGCUUGUCACAGCCUUCAAUGACUGGAGUAAAGAGAAGCAGUUUCGUGGCUUACAGAGCCGCAUCGAGCAAGAGCAAAAGUUCCAGGUGGUGCGAGGAAGUCAGGUCAUCCAGCUUCCUGUUUCAGAUCUUGUGGUGGGAGAUAUUGCACAGAUCAAAUAUGGUGAUCUACUUCCAACAGAUGGAAUCUUGAUACAAGGCAACGAUCUGAAGAUUGACGAGAGCUCCCUUACAGGAGAAUCGGAUCAUGUACGGAAAUCUGCAGAGAAAGAUCCUAUGCUCCUCUCUGGUACUCACGUGAUGGAGGGCUCUGGGCGGAUGGUGGUCACGGCUGUUGGUGUAAACUCUCAGAGCGGAAUCAUCUUUACCCUGCUUGGAGCCGGUGGAGAAGAAGAAGAGAAGAAAGAGAAGAAAGGUCAGGCAAUGGAAGAUGGCCGACAGCUGGCAGACCUCUCCCAUCCCUCCUCCCACCCCAUCGCAACUAUUGCCACAGAUGGUGCUGCAGGUGCAAAUGCCCCUGGUAAUGCCACCCUAGUCAAUGGUAAAAUGCAGGAUGGAAAUAUGGAGAACAACCAGACCAAAGUGAAGAAGCAGGAUGGAGCAGCAGCGAUGGAGAUGCAGCCACUGAAAAGUGCCGAAGGCGAAGAAGCCGAUGACAAGGAGAAAAAAAAAUCCAAUGUGUCCAAAAAAGAGAAGUCUGUGCUGCAGGGCAAGCUGACAAAGCUAGCUGUGCAGAUCGGCAAAGCAGGUUUGUUGAUGUCUGCCAUCACGGUCAUCAUCCUGGUGCUCUACUUUGCCAUUGACAACUUCGUGCUUCAGAAGAGGCCCUGGCUCCCAGAGUGCACUCCGAUUUACAUUCAGUACUUUGUGAAAUUCUUCAUCAUUGGUGUCACUGUGCUGGUCGUGGCUGUUCCUGAAGGACUGCCACUGGCUGUCACUAUCUCCUUGGCCUACUCUGUCAAGAAAAUGAUGAAGGAUAAUAAUUUGGUACGCCAUCUGGAUGCCUGUGAGACUAUGGGCAAUGCCACUGCGAUCUGCUCAGAUAAGACAGGCACUUUGACUACUAACAGGAUGACAGCGGUGCAGCUGUACACUGGCGAUGUUCAUUAUAAAAUCAUCCCGGAUGGCAAUUCACUCCCUGCAAAAACUAUUGACUAUCUGGUCAAUGCCAUAUCCAUCAACAGUGCUUAUACUUCGAAAAUUCUGCCCCCAGAUAAGGAGGGAGGUCUGCCCAAACAGGUGGGCAACAAAACCGAGUGUGGCCUGCUGGGACUUGUUCUGGAGCUGAAGCGAGAUUACCAAACUAUUCGAAACCAAAUCCCUGAAGAGAAGCUGUAUAAAGUCUACACAUUCAAUUCGGUCAGGAAGUCCAUGAGUACUGUCAUUAAACUUCCAGAUGGGAGCUUCAGGAUGUACAGCAAAGGAGCAUCUGAGAUUAUCCUGAAAAAGUGCAGUCGUAUUGUAAACGAAUCGGGUGAGCCCCGGCUUUUCCGACCUCGAGACCGAGAUGAGAUGGUAAAGAAAGUGAUUGAGCCCAUGGCUUGCGAUGGUCUCAGGACCAUCUGUGUGGCUUACCGAGACUUUACCGCUGAUCCUGAGCCAAGCUGGGAAGACGAAAACAACAUUCUAACUGACCUGACUGCAAUCUGUGUGGUUGGAAUUGAGGACCCUGUCCGGCCAGAGGUGCCCGAAGCUAUACGUAAGUGUCAGCGUGCUGGCAUCACGGUGCGAAUGGUGACUGGUGACAACAUCAACACUGCCAGAGCCAUCGCUAUCAAGUGUGGCAUAAUACACCCUGGAGAGGACUUCCUGUGCAUCGAUGGCAAAGAAUUUAACAGGAGGAUUCGUAAUGAAAAGGGCGAGGUUGAACAAGAACGCAUCGAUAAGGUUUGGCCCAAGCUGCGAGUGUUAGCCCGGUCCUCUCCAACAGACAAACACACACUUGUUAAAGGUAUAAUUGACAGCACGCUGGUGGAUCAGAGGCAGGUCGUAGCUGUAACAGGCGAUGGCACCAACGAUGGACCUGCUCUGAAAAAAGCGGAUGUCGGCUUUGCCAUGGGAAUCGCAGGCACAGAUGUGGCCAAGGAGGCCUCAGACAUCAUCCUGACAGAUGACAACUUCUCCAGUAUCGUAAAAGCAGUUAUGUGGGGACGAAACGUCUAUGAUAGCAUCUCCAAGUUUCUGCAGUUCCAGCUUACUGUGAAUGUGGUGGCCGUGAUCGUGGCAUUUACAGGAGCUUGUAUUACACAGGAUUCUCCACUAAAAGCUGUUCAGAUGUUGUGGGUGAACCUCAUCAUGGACACGUUUGCAUCCCUGGCUCUGGCCACAGAACCUCCGACCGAAUCGCUGCUCAUGAGAAAACCAUACGGCCGCAACAAGCCGCUUAUCUCCAGCACCAUGACCAAAAACAUCCUGGGCCACGGCAUCUACCAGCUCAUCAUCAUUUUCACUUUGCUGUUCGUUGGCGAGAAGCUCUUUGACAUCGACAGUGGCAGGAAUGCACCUCUGCACUCGCCUCCAUCUGAACAUUACACCAUCAUCUUCAACACUUUUGUCAUGAUGCAGCUCUUCAACGAGAUCAACGCUCGAAAGAUUCACGGCGAGAGGAAUGUGUUUGAUGGCAUUUUCAGAAAUCCUAUCUUCUGCACUAUUGUUCUGGGCACGCUUGGAGUUCAGGUUAUUAUUGUGCAGUUUGGAGGGAAACCCUUUAGUUGCUCUCCUCUCGAUGUGGAAAAGUGGAUGUGGUGUGUGUUCUUAGGCCUUGGAGAGCUGGUCUGGGGACAGGUAAUCUCGACCAUCCCCAACAGUAAACUGAGGUUCCUGAAAGGAGCGGGUCGGCUCACCCAAAAGGACGACGUACAAGAGGAGGAAAUGAAUGAGGAUCAGGAGGAAAUCGAUCACGCCGAGAGGGAGUUACGACGAGGACAAAUCCUCUGGUUCCGCGGCCUCAGCAGAAUCCAGACUCAGAUCGAGGUUGUGAACACGUUCAAGAGCGGGACUUCCUUUCAGGGGGCACUGAGGCGCCAGUCCUCCACCACCAGCCAGAAUCAGGAUAUCCGUGUGGUAAACGCAUUCCGUAGCUCGCUCUAUGAAGGCCUGGAAAAACCUGAAUCCCGAACCUCCAUCCACAACUUCAUGACCCACCCUGAGUUUAGAAUAGAGGACUCGACACCCCACAUCCCACUCAUAGACGACACUGACAUAGAUGACGAGGCGGCCAGGAAGAAUUCAAGUCAGCCAUCAUCUCCCAACAAGAACAACAAUGCCAUCGACAGCGGCAUAAACCUCACCACCGACACGAGUAAAUCUGCUGCUUCGUCCAGUCCCGGGAGUCCCCUUCAUAGUCUGGAGACUUCCCUCUAGCCCUGAUCGCCCGGGAAAAUUGAAUAAAAAUCCUCACACGGGACGAUACACGAUAUAGAGCCAACGUGCACAAAUGUGCGGCUGACUGAACGUGUGGUCCGAAGCGUGUUAUUUUUUUCCAUUCUUCUUCCUGUUCUUCUUCUUCUUCUUCUUCUUCUUCUUCUUCUUCGCUGAUGCUUUUAGGAAAUCGAGAUUUUCAUUGGAACGUUUUCUGGAUCGACUUGAAAAACAGAAACGGACCACUCCCUUUUGUUCCUGAGAGUGCAAAUGGACCACAGUGAGAAUUAUUUAAAAAUCAAAUUCUACAGCUACUCUAACUGCUUUUCCUGCAUGAAUGUACAUUUACCUGAGUUUUUAUUUUGAAAACAAUUUGAUUUAAAUUCUUCGAUUUUGAUUUGAUGGGAAGUGCCGUGGGCUGCACCUUUUAAGACUCUGAUUAACUGAUCUCUGAAUAUCGUGUGUGGCAUGUACCUAACUGUAUAGAUUUAUUUGGUUAAAGAAUAAAUUGUGUAUCGAGGUUGCAGGGCUCGACUUGCACAAGUAGAUUUUGCACCUGUUGGAAAAAGAAGAACCUAUGGAAAAAUAGCAUUUCGUAAAAAUACUAUAUAUAUAUAUAUAUAUAAUAUACAUAAAUAUAUAAAUAUAUACAGAGUUUAUCUUUGUUGGCAUGUUGUUUCUGCUUCAAUGACUCUAACUACUUUAACUUAUUUAUGUCCUCAAGAGAAUGUAAUUUGUUUACAAAAAAAAAAAAACAUAGAUGCAUCCUUUUUCAUUUUUUUUUUUUUUUAACAAUAGGGUUUAAACCAUAUGGCAGACAUAGUUGGAAAAGCUCAAGCUGUCACAUACACUCCUCUAGGUGUUUUAAUACGAAACUUGUGCUGGACUUGCCUGCUAUUUUGUCAUAUAAUGUAGAUAUUUUUAGAAGAUUAUAAAAGAAACCAAAAUAUAGUGGGAUUAUAUAAUUAACGUGGCAUCUUAGUGUUAUAUGAUUGUUGGGACAAACUCUGAACAGUUCUCUCCUUCUUUAAACCCCCCCACUCCCCCCAACUCAGACUUUAAGAUAAAGGUUUAAUUUCUAUACACGCUUGUUUUGAAAAAUUUUACAUUCACUGCUUGGAAAUGAAACCUUUUUUGGUCUGUCUUGAAUAUGAGCAUCCAUUUCAGGUUGGAUAGUUAUAGUUUUAGAAAAACUGCUUAUUUAACACACACACACUCACACACACACACACACACACACACACAUAUUUUUCUUCUGUGCGACCAUCAUAGGCUGCAAAUUGUUUUGGAUUUUAUGUUCUAAACGAUGUAAAUUAAGUUAUUAUUUGGCUCUAUGGAAUCAAGAGUUGUGUUGAAAAUCUUGUGAAAUAUUGUGUUGAUUCUUCUUUUCAUUUCUAGAUUUCUUUCAAAGACAAAACCCAGCUGCUUUGCUGGUGACUUUUGAAAAACAUGAAAAAUGAAACUAAAUGGGAACAAAAAAAAUCAAACAAAACAAAACAAACAAAAAAAACAAAACAACCAAAUGGAAUGUGGCUUUUGACUUUUUUCUAAGAAGAAAAGAUAAAUACAUAUAUGAUGAUAAUUUUUUUUCUGCACUAUCCAGAUAUGAAUGAAUUUCUGUGGUGUAAAAUUUAGAUGUGCUUCUGUGUGUUAACAAUCAAAGCUUGUCUUCCUGCAGUCAGUAAAAUAUACUCUAGCAUCUAAACAGUA